AUCGGUAGACGGUUCUACUCCACUGCUCCUUGACACUUCCUGGGUUGCUCUUCUAAGUGGCCCGAAAGCAUGACAGUCAAGUUAACCCACCCCGAGUGGAAUCAAGAAAUAGGAGGUCUUGAAGUAGCAGAGGCAUUUGCAGCCCAAAUCAAGGGAAAAACUGUCCUUAUAACCGGCAUAUCCCCCUCCAGCAUCGGCUCCUCCAUCAGCCUAUCCAUCGCCUCCCAAUCCCCAGCCCUUCUAAUCCUCGCCUCCCGCACUCUCUCCAAACUCUCUGAAGUUGCAUCCACCAUCACCAGCAGUUACCCCCAUGUCUCUGUAUGCACUGUACCCCUGGAUCUCAUGUCGCAAUCCUCCAUAGAAGCCUCUGCUGCCGCCGUCACCAAGCUAACAAGCACCCUCGAUAUCGUCAUCAAUAAUGCAGGCCUAAUGACGCAAACCCGGCAGCUCACUGCCGAGAACAUCGAGGGUCAAUUUGGUGCAAACCACAUCGGGCAUUUUCUCUUCACAAACCUCCUUAUGCCCCUGAUCCUUGCCGCUGCGAAAAUUAAUCCCCCUGGGGCUACCCGCAUUAUCAAUUUGACGAGUUUAGGCCACAGACUGAGUCCAAUACGCUUCCAUGAUGUGAAUUUAGAAGGAAAAGAAGUGCCACCCGAAGAACUCUUUCCAGGGGAAUUGCCAGCAAUGUUUCAGGCUACGGGUGAGGAUGGGUAUAACGGUUAUAUUGCAUAUGGGCAAGCGAAGACGGCAAAUAUACUUUUUUCUGUGUCGCUGACGGAGAAAUUGAAGAAGGAGGGCGUGGUGAGUUAUGCGGUACAUCCAGGCUGUCUAAGCCGCGACCUAGACGCAGACGGAGAAGAAGCAAUUCGCAAAACGAGUCCGUUUUGGAAGAACCAUGAUCAGGGGGCUGCCACGAUUUUGGUUGCUGCAUUUGAUCCAGUGCUAAAUAAGCCGCAGGGGAUCCUGUUACAUGAUUGCCAAAUCAUGGAUCCGGCGCCUCAUGCUACGGAUUCGAAGAUUGCGGAGAGGUUGUGGGCAUUGAGUGAGAGUCUAGUGGCAAGGGAGUUUAAGCUUUGAUAGUG